AUGGAUGAUGAGAACAUGGAAGAGGCAAUUAACAUGGAUGAAUUUAGUAACGCCAUCACAUCCCUUUGGUGGGAUGCCGAAAACUGCAGACUUCCCCGUGACGCUAAAGCAAGCAAUAUAGUGCCUAAUAUUGCUUCAAAUCUGGCUGAUAUCGGCUUAACUGGGCCACUAUCUAUGUAUAUUUAUGGCAACAUUCUUCCACACGUUGAUCGUAAUGGCAAUCAUAAAGGCUUUACGAGUAAACAACAUGUGGAUCUCUUCGCCUCCUCGUGUGUUUCUUUCCAACAUGUUCCUGGGGAUAAUAAUAAAGCAGAUUCUACUGAUAAGAGAAUGAUACUUGGCAUGAUGAAUUGGGGAUACCACCACUCUCCACCUGCCAAUUAUGUUAUAAUAUCCGGAGACGGUGAUUUUUCUUAUACGGUUCAUAAUCUUAGAAUGAUGAAAUACAAGGUACUUCUUAUUCAACCAAAGGUAGCUGUGGAUACUUUAGUAGCGUCUACGCAGACGGUUUAG